AUGCGGCGCUUUGAUCACAGACUCUCGCAAGACCAACUAAUCUUACAGUCCCCAAGGAGAGUAAACGCAGCACAGAGAGAGGGCACCUCUAAACCAACCCGAGAUCUAACGCUAAACUCGGUUAGGGAAGAGACCUCUGUAGAUAUUUGGGACUCUCAAAAAAGGUACAAGAAAAGAAAAAGAAAGGAAGAAGUUAGUGGAAGAAAUAAACUCUCAGAAGGUAAGGAGGAGAGCUCUACUGACCAAUCUAAAAAGCUUAAAAAAACUGAGAGGGAGAAACAGUUGGCAACAAAAAAGAAGGAUGAAAAGCAGACAAAGGCCUCUGCAGCAAAGAUGGCUUUAGAACGGACAAAUUCCCUAAAUUCUGGUAAAAAUAAAACAAAAAAAAAGACAACAGAGUCCAGAAAAAAGAGGGACUCUUCAGAUUCCUCCAGCACGUCGUCUGACAGGGACAGCAGUGAAUUAAAUGUAAAGAAAAAUAAAUCUCCCCAUAAAUCUGAAGUGACAGCACUUCCCAAAGAUAAACCUAAAGCUGCUGCAAAUUCUGACGUGAAAACUGUUGUUUCUAAGAAAGUGACUGUAAAGCCUAAUGCUGACAAUUCCACUAAGACUGCGAUUAGUAAAAAUGCUGAAAGAUCCCAAUCCUCUAGUUCAGAUUCUGACUCAAGCUCAGAGGAUGAGAAAGUGGCAACAGCAGCAGCCAGUACUGCCAAGGAAAAGUCACUGCCCAACAAUGUGGCAGCUGUAAAAACCAGCACCACCAAGGCUCUCAGAGCAGAGACCUCCUCUUCAGAGUCUGAUAGCUCAGAUUCAGAAACACUUAUUAUUAAAAAACCUGCAGGAAAUGCUGGAGUGAGUAAUUCCAUAGUAAGAAACUGUACUGAUCAGUUGCCAAACAGUAUUCAAGGACCACUUGCCAGCCCGGGUCGUGGAAGGGGGCGUGGAACAGGAGAGGAUAACUUCUGGAGAGGACCUAGGGGCCGUGGGUUUCGUGGGAUGAUGAGGGGCCAAGGCCAUGGGAGAGGAGCAAACCCUGGCUUCUUCUAUAACUACAGCAGUGAAGGCCAGAAACAGAGGCAGUUAAAUGAAGCUGUGACAAACACUUCUGUUCUUGUCCAGAAUCCUGUGGAGAUCCCCAAGAGAGAUUACAGUGUGUUACCUCUUCUGGCUGCUCCGCCACAAGUGGGAGAAAGAAUUGCCUUUAAGCGCUUGGAACUAAGCGAAAAUUACACUCCUGGAAUUUCAGACUAUAAGGAGGCAAAAAUAAUCAGCUGGAAUGCUGAUCAAAAGCAGAUUGAACUUGAGAUCCUUUCCUCAGCAGGACAAGUUGCUAAAGAGCCAGGGAAAUUCGAUCUGGUUUACCAGUCUGCAGAUGGAGCAGAACUGAUAGAGUAUGCUGUUCCUCAGGACACAAAGAUAACUGAAAGUUGGGAUGCACUGAUAGAACCAAGACUGAUUGUUGAGCCUCCAGUGAACGGAUCCAGCCUUGAAAACUAAUCUAAGAUGUGAACAAAUGUAAAUAAUAGUUUGGACUUGUUUUGUGAAAUGCUGCCUUCCAGUUCUGAAGGCAGCAGAUGCACUGGCUGAUAUUUUUAAUACAUUGUUUUAAAAAUAAAC